AUGGAGCCCAGCAGGACAAUCUGAGAUCUUCACAGCUUAGAUGUUUCCUUCAGGAGAACCAGGAUGUCGGUGAAGCUGAGGUUCGACUCCCCGUCAGAUGGAGGUCCGGUCCACCGGAGCCGCUCCUUCACCGGGUUCGGGUCUCUGAGCGGUCGCCAGCGCUCGUCGUCUGUUCGCGGCUCUUUUCGCUCCAAAGCUGCACCAGGAGGCAGAUCUCCCAGAACACACCUGUCUCCUGGCAGAUGGUCGGUGGCUUCCUGGUCCCAGCCGGAGCAGGUGGACCAGGUCUUCCAGGCGCUUCGUAACGGACUCAAGGAAUAUUUAGAAAUCCACCAGACAGAGAUGGACUUCCUGUCCUCUCAGCAGAGAGAAACCAAGAGGAACUCCAGACUGGGCUUCCUCUACGAUCUGGAAAAAGAGAUCCGAGCGUUGGAGAGGUACAUCCGGCGGUUGGAGUUUCAGAUCAGUAAGGUGGACGAGCUCUACGAGACGUACGGCGUUCAGUGGAGACUGUGUCAGGGAGCUGUCAACAUGAAGCGAGCCUUUUCUCUGUCCCCGUCCACUCGAGCGUCCAGAGAGAGUCUGCUGGAGCUGGGCCGCAACCACCGGCACAGCCUGCAGGACAUGUCUGCGCUGGAGGGAGAGUUAGAAAUCCUCCUGGGAGAGCUGCACCUCAAAAUGAAAGGUCUGAUCGGCUUCGCUCGGCUCUGCCCCGGGGACCAGUACGAGGUGGUGGUCCGUCUGGGUCGUCAGAGAUGGAGGAUCAGAGGGAGGAUCCAGUCGGAUGACUCUCAGUCCUGGGAUGAAGAGGAGAUGGUCUUCCUCCCCCACAUCAACCACAACUUUGAAAUCAAGGUGACGGAGGCGAAGGGUUUGGGUUGGCUGCUGGUCGGCAUGGUAACGUGCGCCAGCGUGGACUUCUUUGUGGCGAAGCCGCAGCUGAUGUUGGUGGACAUCACGGAGCUGGGAACCAUCAAACUGCAGCUGGAGGUCACCUGGAACCCGUUUGACGGCGGCGAGAAGAUGAGGACUCCGUCCGUCAGCAGACAGUCGCUGUCGAGCAGAAAGAGUUCAGUUUACAGCUGGACAGCACCAAACACCCCCUCCUUCACUGAGAAAUACUACUUAUCUGACUCGAGCUCACAGCUUCCCGACCGGUCACAGAGGAGGAACAGAUCUGGGUGGAAGUCAGACUCAACUUUCCUUUGGAGAGGAAGAGGAGAGGAGGAGGAGGAGGAGGAGGAGGAAGGUGGAGGGAGGAGAGGAGUGGUGGGGAGCGUUAGAAGCGCCGUCAUCAGGAGAAACGAGUCAAACUGCUUCAGUUGUGGCCUUACAGAGGUACAGCACUCCGGACAUUCUGAGGAAGAACCCAGCAGCAGAACCAGACCCUGAGCCACACCAGGACCAGGACCAGGACCAGGACCAGGAGCAGGAUCCUCCUGACGGCCCCAUGCUCUCAGCUGCUGCCUCCUCCUCCUCCUCCUCCCCAGCAGAGGCUCCGAGCCCAGGGAGGUCUGGGGUGAGCGGGGCCCAGCGCCGGACCCUGGCCCUCAGACUGGGGGUCCUGGUGACGGAGCUGAAGAAAAGCCUGCAGAGUGAGAGCUGCUGUGAGAAGGAGCUGAAAGCUUUGGAGCAUCGGACUGUUCACCUGGAGACCAUCCUGAAGAACCACCUGUCCCUCCUCCAGACCUCCUCCUCAGAGGAGACUCUGGCCGUGGAGGAAGUCCUGGGCAGCUUUGACUUCCUGUCACAUGACCUGAACGCCGAUGAGGACACUUCCUGUUUGGACAGCGGCAUCAGCUCCUUCCAGCAGAGCACCUUGAAGAGUCUCCGCCUCCUCUCUACUGACAGCCAAUCAGAGGAGGAGCUGCUGGUGGCCCCGUUGACUUCUGGGAACUGGAGUCUGGACCAGGCUCUGGAGACGCACCUGGAUCUCUGCUGCCUCCUGCUGCAGAUGAUGAGGACCACGGAGUUCGGCCCGUCUCAGAGGGAGCUGCUGGAGGAGACGUCCCACCAGGCUGAAGUCCUGGAGCGAGUCGGCCAUCUGCUGCUGGAGAAGAAGCCCGACAUCUCAGCUGGAGAUGUCCUCCCUGAAGCCCAGAGAUCCAGGGAUGUUCUGCUCUUCUGGGAGGAGUGUGUCAAUGACAGCGGCUCUCCGUUCUGCGCUCACGUGGACAGCUUCUCCAGAGCGCUGAGGAAACGUUACUCUCACAAGGUGAAGGCCAAGCAGCCCGGCCAAUCAGAGAGAGUGUUCUCUCGGCUCCUGCAGCAGCUGCAGGCGGCCUGUCGCUUGGUGCCGGGCUGUCGGCCCGUCUGCAGCCCAGACAGAGUCACCCUCUUCCAGCUCUCAGUGUAUCUGAAGCGCUGGAGCUUCCAGGACCUGGGAGAGCACAUCUCCCACCUGUCCAGAGAAGAGUACAUCCUGUCCGCACUGACCAGCCCCAAAAGGAGGCGGGCUUUAAACAAACUUAGGGGGCGGGGCAUCUCGGAGCUCCUCCCCCUGGGAUCCACGCUGCAGACUCUGGCCGCCCUGCUGGUGGACUCCAACCACAAAGUGUGCAAAGCUGCCAGCAGCUGCCUCUGCAGAGCUGCAGGAUGCAGGGCCUUCAGGAACAAGGCUGUGGUGUUCUACACAGAGAGUCUGAAGAGCUCCAAGGUCCAGGUCCAGCAGGGUUCCUGUCUAGCUCUGAAGAGUCUCAGGGCCACAGAGAGCGUGGACCAAAUCUCAGAUCUGUGGAGGUCAGAGGAUGAAGAUCUGCGACGGUCAGCCAGAGAAACUGUCCUCUCCUUUGGUAAAAAGGGCCUGGAGGCCUUCCAGAGGAUGGAGCAGCUCUCAGCUCAGAUGGAGGAGGAAGCCUACAGGAACCAAGAGACCCAAAUCACCAUUUUAUAGGAACCAGACCUGGAACCGUGAGCCGAGCCGAGACUCAGAACCAGGUUUCUGUCUGAUGGAGAGAAAAACCCACAAACCUGCAGCGACUUUCUUUGAAUAAAAACUUUCUGAUGUUUGACUGAAGCCGAACAGAGGAGAAGGAAGAUCUGCUGACUCAGCUCUCUGGAUGGAUAUUUUACUGACAACGUGAAUUUCUUUGAUCAAACACUUUUUGUUGUUUCUGCUGCAGAAACUUUGAUUUAAGCUGAAGAGACUUUUGUUGUUGCAGCUUUAAAACAUUUCUACAGGACUGUGAUUUAAAGAUAAAAACUGCUUCUAAAUGAACAGAUUUAUUUUCAGUUGAUGUGAAGUUUUCAGUUUUUCAUCAAUGAGUGGAAAUAAAAAAACUCAUUUGAUGCAUUUGAAGCCCUGAAGGACUGAAUAAAUCCAGAAUAACCUC